UGCGAGGUACACACACGUUCCCGCCAAACGUUACGAUUUAUCUCUGCAAGUGUGCUCAGCUCACGCUAACACUUUUUUUACGUCGUAAACGAUCAUUCAUAAUAGCGCUGGCUUUUUAAAUAUUACUCGACGUUUUCUACGUUGCUGUAACAUGUGUAUGUCAUAAAAUAUCUGAUUGCGGAUAAAUUGAAGCGUAAGUUGUGUCACACAGAAGUGACAGACCUCUUGCUGGUGUUGCUCAGUCACUCAGUCUGAUACGAGUUAAACUAACAGUAUAUACGAACUUAUCUCAGGGUGCAGCGGGUGCGCCGGCAGUACAAAUACCGAGUAUGGCAAAAGUACACGUCUGCAAUGUUGUUGUAUUGGACAAUCCGUCGCUGUUCUCCAACCCUUUCCAGUUCGAAAUAACUUUCGAAUGCAUCGAGGAACUCAAAGAAGAUUUGGAAUGGAAGAUUAUUUACGUGGGAUCUGCGGAAAGCGAAGACUACGACCAGAUAUUGGACACAGUUUACGUUGGACCGGUUCCUGAGGGAAGGCAUUUGUUUGUGUUCCAGGCUGAUCCCCCGGACUCUAGCAAGAUUCCUGUCCAGGACGCAGUCGGUGUUACGGUUGUUCUACUAACAUGUUCUUACAGAGGGAAGGAAUUUAUUCGAGUCGGCUAUUAUGUCAACAAUGAGUACACAGACCCCGAACAAGAAAAUCCACCAGCAGCACCACACUUUGAUAGGCUCCAGCGGAACAUCCUCGCGACGAACCCACGCGUGACGAGAUUCAAAAUCGACUGGGACGACAAUCCCGGCAUCGAAAACAUCCCACCGGCGUCGUCCAAACGUGAUCCAACCAGAUGGGAACGACCACCCGCCUCGGAAGACAGUGUCGGACUGCUCAUGAAAGCUCCCAUAAUCUCCCACGACAGCAAUCAGAGCAUGGAGAUUGCGUGAAUCUCUUGUUGGUGGCUGUGUGUGCUGUGAGAGAACCUCUACCUAUUUAUGAACACCUUCGGCGUGAAACCCACAUGGUCUUCCUCGAAAAGCUACACAUUGCUGUCUCGUCACAUUUUGGGUUUACAUUAAUCGAAUAAAUUUUUCUACAUGUGCC